AUGACAAGAGCAAUGAUGACCGCACGACAGAAAGAGAAGUCUGCAAAGCCUGCGAAAGGGCGCGGAGGUCACCUGAGGUCGAAAGUAGAAAAGCGAGACGACGACAUCAUUCAUACGAACGACAGCAGUAUCGUAUCCAAGAGAUGUGUCUCGAAGCUGUACCUCAGCAAUGAGCCAGAUUUCUAUGAGCCGUUCGCCCCGAAAUAUGUGCGGCGCAAUCCACUGAUCAAUCGUGGCUAUUGGCUGCGAAUGCACGCCAUCGAGCAAGUCGUCAAACGCUAUCUUGAGGAACAUGACGGCAAGAAGAAAGUCGUGGUGAACUUGGGAUGUGGAUACGACCCAUUGCCCUUCCAAUUCUGGCAUCGAUAUGCAGCACUCACGAAGGGAGCCACCUUCGUGGACGUGGAUUACCCACAACUGAUCGAUAAGAAGAGAGAUGUGAUCUUCAAUAAAAGCCUACUGCGAGAUGCACUGCUCAAGACUGGCCUACGCUCAGCAGAGGCAUCUGUCCGUGUCCGAAGUGAGCAAUACAUGGCCAUAGGCUGUGACCUCAGGGAUCUCCAACUACUUGAGCGUACUCUGCGGGCUGAAUUAGAUGUCCCGAACUCCUCAAUCCUAUUCGUAGCUGAAGUGAGCGUUACCUACAUGCCACUUGUAGAUGCCAACAGGCUCAUACAGUGGGCGAAUACCUUCAAAUUCUGUAAGUCGACAUUACCAGCCUCGACUUACCUGCCUCAAGGGCCAGACCACCCCUUCGCACAUACCAUGUUGGCACACUUCGAUAAGUUGCAUGCGUCGAUCAACUCAGUCAAGCAUUAUCAAACACUAGCGCAACAGUCUUCAAGAUUUCUGGAUGCAGGCUGGUCUUCGCUUGAGGUGGCCAAAAACUUGUGGGACCUCUGGUCUGACGACUCCUUCACCCCGCCAUCCCUUCGUCAGAGAGUGGACGCAGUUGAGCCCUUUGACGAAUGGGAGGAAUUUGCCCUAUUCGGCGGUCACUACUCUCUACUAGUCGCAUCAAAAAUAAAGGAAGGACCCACUGCCUCCCAAGGAGCCAAUGCAGUUCCCACGGAAGCAAAUGUCGACUCCGGCUCUGAGCCAACGUCAAUCUUGCUACAGUCCUGGGAGCUCCCUGCAGACUCCACAUGGACGCCGCGGCGUUUCACCGCAUCCUUCUCCCUGGCUGAGACUGUUGCUGUUCACGGCGGACAGGGACCGCAGAACCGCUUGUCAAGCAUUAGCGCACUUUCUCGCGGCAAUGCAGGUUACCAGAUCCAGGCUGAAUCUACGAUGCAGCCUUCAGCGCGUAUGUGCCACACGGUCACAACGGUCAGCAGGACUAGCGCACUGUUAGUUGGCGGACGAGCGUCUCCUGCUCAGCCACUGGCAGAUUGCUGGCUGAUAGACGAGGGCAAGUGGUCUGCAGUAGACGACAUACCUUCACCGCGCUACAGACAUUCUUCCGUUUCUGUGAACGUGUCGUACGACGUGUCUCGGAGCGCGGGCAUUUUGGUGUUUGGUGGCAAGUCUGUUGACGGCGCAAUACUGAACGACUGGUGCUUGUGGACGCCCAACAACGGCUGGCACAGUAUUCCCGUUGACGGUCCGCAUCCACCAGCACGCUUUGGUGCCGCAAUAUCUGCGAUGGGUGUGGCAAAGUCUGCACAGACUUGUGGGCUACUCAUCGGGGGCAUUGGCGCUUGCGGCACGGUCUUAGAGGAUGUCUGGGAGUGGUCGCUUGCAGGCACAGCACCACCACGACUAAGUUUCCGAGACAUAACCAACAGACUCCACAGUAGCUCGUCGAAAUCUACUUACGCACGGAUUGGUGCCAGCCUAGUGCCGUGGGGAGACGCUCUACUCCUCAUUGGAGGUGUUUCAAAGCUGGGUAUUGUCAGUUUAGCAGACGAGUUCAUGCUGCUGACGCGCAGUGACAAAGGGAUUAAUAUCCAGCACCCCGAGAUCCACUUGCCUGCAUAUUGGCCACUGCUCGUCGGUGCAGGCAUAAGCGCAGUCUCUCGAAACGAGAUUGUCGUGGCUGGCGGUGGCGCUGUCUGCUUCUCCAUGGGUUCUUUCUGGAAUGAGCAUUACCUGACCAUCACACCUUUUGAAACACAUGGAGCUAGACAAUGGAGCCUGCUGCCCCUACAAGCGGAUAGCACAUCAGCGAAGCCAGUCUCCACCCAGAAAGACGAGCGCAGGAAGCUGUCAAAGAAAGGACCAAAGCUCAAAGACAUUCUUCGGGUUCAACUGCAAUCCCCAGGGGACUUCGCUGCCUUAGUAGCGACUUUUCAACCCGCCAUCAUCACUGGUCUCGACAUAGGUCCUUGUACCAGAUUAUGGAGCAUCGACUACCUCGAGGCCAAUUUAGGCUCAGACCGUGAGCUGAUAGUACACGAGUGUACAUCACCAGUCAUGACCUUCGGCCCCAAGAACUUCACCUACGAGAAGCGUAGCGUCUCCUCCUUCUUCUCCAGCAUAAACAGCGGCGCAUCCUCCUACCUGCGUGCCAUAUCGUCCACUCAACCCAACAAGCUGCCCACACGCUUGGAAGACGACUUCCCCAGCAUUUCCGCAGACUUUCACAUCCCCGUGCUCUGUCGCGGCGUCAUCAAUGAGAGUUCUUAUCAUAGCAGUCCGCUGCGCAUCAGUGGUCCGGUGAGCUUGUGGCUGCACUAUGAUGUGCAUCCCAACAUCCUCAGCCAGAUCUCAGGUACUAAGACACUAACCCUGUAUCCACCGUCUGACGUCUCGCAUCUCGCAUACCCACCGGGCGCAUCAUCGUCCUCCCAACCGCUCUCUGCGCUCACGAACAACCCCAAAUUGCACCCUCACGUAGCUGCCCUCGUGCCGGGUGAUGUGCUCUUCAUACCACCUAUGUGGAGCCACACCGCCACGCCGAACGAGGGGGUGAGUAUUGCGGUGAAUGUGUUCUGGAAGGGGUUGGCCGAGGAGGUGUAUGCAGCGGGUAGGGAUGUGUAUGGCAAUCGCGAUUUGAAGGGGUAUGAGAAUGGUAGGAGGGAUGUGGAGAAGAUUGUUAGGGCGUUUAGGGGGUUGCCGGCCGAUGUUGGAGAAUUUUAUUUGCAGAGACUUGCGGCGGAGAUACUCGAGCGCGGCAAGAAACAGGCGGAGAAGCAAUGA